GAAAACAUCCGGUGUUUAUAUGACGUCAUAGACGCCAACAUGGCGAACCGGAGAGGCAAAACGAAGACCCGGGAGCAGGCUGAUAAAUAUUCUGUUCUGCUGCCGACCUACAAUGAAAGAGAAAACCUGCCAUUGAUUGUAUGGUUGUUGGUGAAGUACUUUGGCGAGAGUGGCUACAACUACGAGAUUAUAGUUAUUGAUGAUGGCAGUCCAGACGGGACGCUGCAGAUCGCUGAGCAGUUGCAAAAGAUUUACGGAUCUGAUAAGAUUGUCUUGAAACCUCGAGCACAAAAACUUGGAUUAGGAACUGCUUACAUUCAUGGCAUUAAACAUGCUACAGGAAACUUUGUUAUCAUCAUGGAUGCAGAUCUUUCACAUCAUCCAAAAUUUAUUCCAGAAUUUAUUGAAAAACAAAGAGAAGGUGGAUAUGACCUGGUGUCCGGUACAAGAUACAGAGGAGAUGGUGGAGUCUAUGGUUGGGACCUGCGCAGAAAACUAAUCAGUCGAGGAGCAAACUUCAUCACACAAGUGCUACUCAGACCAGGAGCAUCUGAUCUUACAGGGAGUUUUAGGCUCUAUAAGAAAGAGGUACUGGAAAAACUGGUAGAGCAGUGUGUGUCAAAAGGCUAUGUUUUUCAAAUGGAGAUGAUUAUCCGUGCUAGACAACUGGGCUAUACAAUUGGAGAGGUUCCUAUUUCAUUUGUGGAUCGCGUUUAUGGAGAGUCCAAGUUAGGUGGAAAUGAAAUCGUGUCGUUUGUGAAAGGAUUGCUCACACUGUUUGCCACUACAUGACCUUUGACCUCAUUUGGUUUUGUUUAGCAUUCUAAUGUAUGAUCAGUGCUUAUCAUCAUUGCAAUGCACCUGACAUUCAUGCUCUCUGAGGAAUUAAUGACAAAAUGUUAGUUGCAUUUCUGUGGCUUUUUGCCACAAAAUCCACAGAUAUGAAAGCACACAUGGUUAGAUGUUAAAAACAAGAGCUUUUGUAUGGAUUAUUUUGCUUUGACUGCUUUAUUUGUGUCUUGGAUCAUUUUGGUUUAUAUUUUGAAAUAAACAUCAUAGAUGUUAAAAAAGUUAAUACAUUUGUGUUUUACAUUGUGAGAUAUACAUAU